AUGCCAAUCUGCAUUUCCUGCCGAUACCCAGUCAAAACACUGUACACGACGUAUUCCAAAGCGGACGACCGCGCGCUAGGAAAGGGCGUGCGACUAACGCAAUGUCCGCGAUGCAAGCGGUUUGCAGAUAAAUACGUGGAGCAUGAUUUCGUAGUGCUGUUUAUUGAUCUGAUAUUGAUCAAGCCCGAGUUAUACAGACAUUUGCUAUUCAACCGUCUAGGCCGCGACGAUGAUAAAUUCGACGUAUGUUCCCCACACGCACUCUCACACAGGUCUCAAAUGCUAAUGCGCACCACGCACCACCCUCAGCGCUCCAUCCUCCGCCUAAGCAUCCUCCUCCUCCUCUUCGACGUCUACCUAACCUGGGCGCGCAUCGAAAAAUUGCCCCUCCCACCCUCCUCCCCUUACUACACCACAGCCGCGCCCUCCCUCCCAAACACCCCCUUCACAUCCGCCCACCCACCACCCCCCACAAACGCACUCGUCUUACAAGCCCAACCCCUCCUCAUACAAUACCUCUUCUUCCUCGUCCUCGUAACCCUCAGCACACUAGCCUUCCACCUCCCCAUCCGCCUACUCUGCUGCCUCUCCCCCAGUACACCUACCCCCCCUUCUUCCUCAUCCCCAACAUCCCUCUACCACAAACUCAUCCCCUACUUUCCCCAUCCCACACCUCUCAGCACUGCUCUCCUCAUCAGCAGCUGUACCAAGCUUUUCCCCAUCUUACUCAUCAUUUGGGACUAUGACUUGCCCAGCAGCGCCACGGCUGUCAGCUGGGCCGUUAUUGUGAAUAACGUGGCUGCCCUUGAGAUUCUCAUGGAUUGUGGGUAUUUGAGGGCGGGGGUGUUGGUGGGCGUGGGUGCGGGGUGUAGUACGCUGGUGCAGUGUGGGGUGCUGAGGGCUGCGGGGUUGGGGACGGGGUGGGAGGGGUGGCGGGUUGGGGAGAUGGGGGUGAGGGGUGUUGCGGGGUGGUUUGGGGGUUAG